CAUCGCGUUCGACAGAGGUGUAGUUUUAAUCCAUUUCAAAGCGCUACUUUCAGUGCUUACAUUCUCGCUAUAGUAACGCAUAGACGUCGACCCCACUGAUGUUCAAAGUAAAGAACUACGUUAACCACAAUCCUUCGCUCUCACGUGUAAAAGUGGCGAAGAGGUCAAAACAAAACCGGCAAUUAAAAGAGAAACAACGCGUGUGGACACAGGACUCACUGUGCCUCUGAUGGCUGGUCGACUCCUCAAAGUCUCCUCUCUGGCCACAGCAGUAUUCGCCUCCUCUGGGUUUUACCUCUACAACAGACAACUGGACUUCAACGACCUCAGUGUCAUCCGCUUCGGACGAGCUGCAGCCACCACGGCGGUCAUCAGCUUCGACUAUCUGACUGCUUUCAAACAUGUGGAAUACGGCACAGAGGAGUACUGGGCACUCAGGUCCAAGGUACAUCUGCGGUCAGCGGAGCGUCUUCGAGACUUAUGCUGUGCCAACCGGGGCACUUUCAUCAAGGUAGGCCAGCACCUCGGUGCUCUGGACUACCUGCUGCCUGAGGAGUACACAUCCACACUGAAGGUACUGCACAGCCGAGCUCCUCAGAGCAGCAUGGAGGAGAUUCAGCAGGUCAUCAGAGAAGACCUCGGCAAGGAGCCGUCAGAGUUAUUUGUCUCCUUUGAGGAGAAGCCUCAGGGUGCAGCCUCCUUAGCCCAGGUCCACAAGGCAGUGCUGCAUGAUGGGAGGACAGUGGCAGUCAAAGUCCAACACCCCAAAGUCCAGAGACAAAGUUCCAAGGACAUAGUAGUGAUGGAGGUGUUGGUGAGGGCUGUCCAUUGGCUCUUCCCGGACUUUGCCUUCAUAUGGUUGGUGGAGGAGGCUAAGAAGAACAUGCCGCUGGAGCUAGACUUCCUAAAUGAGGGACACAAUGCUGAGAGGGUGGCCAAGAUGUUGGCCCACUUCCCUUUUCUCAAGGUACCCAUGAUCCACUGGAACCUGUCCACAAAGAGGAUCCUGACCAUGGAGUUUGCUGAGGGGGGGCAGGUCAACGAUAGAGAAUACAUGAAAAAACACGGCAUCGAUGUCAAUGAGAUCUCAGAGAACCUGGGUAAGAUGUACAGCGAAAUGAUCUUCGUCCACGGCUUUGUUCACUGUGACCCACACCCGGGCAACGUGUUGGUCCGAAAGUGUCCCCAGAGCAAGAAGACCGAGAUUGUCCUGCUCGAUCAUGGCCUUUAUCAGGUCCUGCAGCCAGACUUCAGGUUGGACUACUGUCGCCUGUGGCAGGCUCUGAUUAAAGGUGACAUGCCCGGGGUGGAGCGUUACAGCCGCAGACUGGGAGCUGGAGAUCUGUUCCCGCUGUUUGCCUGUGUGCUCACCGCUCGCUCCUGGACAGCCGUCAAUGCAGGCAUUAGUUCUGUGCCUGUCACACACACUGAGGACGUUGAGAUACGGACCAAUGCAGCUCUCUAUCUGCCCCAGAUCAGUGAUCUGUUGAACCGAGUGCCUCGGCAGAUGCUGCUACUGCUGAAGACCAAUGACUUGCUGAGGGGCAUUGAAACCACCUUACAGACCAGGGCCUCCUCCUCGUCCUUCAUCAACAUGUCCCGCUGCUGCAUACGUGCCAUGGCCAGGCACAAGAGGAGUAAGGCUCAGUCCAGGAGCAGACGUCUGCACAUCACUCUGGUGGAAUUUCUCAACCUGUGGAGACUCACAGUGUAUGAACUGCUCCUGUGGGCGAAGGGCUCCAUGUUGGCUCAAUGGAUCACUGCUCUGCUGUCAUUUGUGCAUUGAGAAACAUCUGGACAUCACACUGGAAUAUCAACGACAUGCUGCAACUGUUGGUUCUUCAGGGGCUUAUAAUACGGUAAACAUUCUGAAUAUGUGCUCAUACACACAAAUGUACACUUAUCUUGAUGACACAGUUUGUAACUCCAUGGACACAUACAAGGAUACAAGAUGCUGGCACCAGGAGUAGAUGUGGCUGCUGAAUUUUUUUUUUUUAGAUCUUUUACCUCAAGAUCACAACUUUGACUGUCUGUCCAGGAGAGAUUGACUUGAGCCAUUACCCCAUAUACAGUAUUUACAUCAUACCAUACUGAGACCAAAACCAAAACUCACUCAUCUGAGGCAAACUCGCUCACUUAUCGGAUCUGUCAUCCUCCUUUAUAGCUAAAGAAGUUGUGGAGAAGCAUGGGGCAGGCAGAUCAAGUGUAGUUUGUCAAGAAAUGGUUUCAGCACAUAGUUGUUUGUUUGUUUGUUUUUUGUUUUUUUUAUUUUUCUGUUUUAGCACAGGUCAGUUACUGAGUUGCAAUGUUUUUUAUAAGUGAGCUUCAGGGGGGACAGUAGUGUUGAUAUUUUAAAGAGGCAGAAGACACAGUCAGACUAGUAGUUUCCCCUGAUUUCCACUGUUCAGUGAGCUACGCUAGUCACGUCCUGACAUGAGAUUGAUAUCCAUCCUCUCAUCUUGCUUUUGGAAAAAAAAAAAUCAUAAUUCCCAAAAAUCUGAGCUACAUCUUUUAGUCUUAACCAGGGUAAGAUUGUUGAACAUCCCAAAAUAAUAUGAUACAAGGACUUAAUAUGUUUGUGAUAUAGCUAGCAAUUUAGUUAUUAAAGCAUACAGCAUUAUUACACGAGGUACCAGGAUUUCUAAAAUCACAAGAGUAUAGUCGGUUCUCAGUUCGUCAUGAUCUUGAGAUAAUAGGAUCUCCAAGAAAUUACCAUGCAACCCUUUAACCAAGCUUAUAGAUCUCAAACACACACAACAACUGUUUGUGUCAUCAUAAACAUAACGCUGUACAGACAGCCCUAAAUAACAUCAUACAACUUAAAAAAAAAAACCCAGUAAUGCAACAGUAAAGGUUGAAACGAACCAAAUGAAAGUUAACGAGCAGAACUGUAAAGCAGUGAAGUAGCCAGAUACGAGAUCACUUAGUAACACAGCCAGCCAAAGAGACAAAUUCACACACACCAUGUACCAGAUGAUGAAGGCUGCCAAAAUCCAGAUACUAACCUCAUAUGGAGAAGAAUAAUAUGAAAUAUGAGAAGACGUUCUUUGUCACUGCAAAACUUAUCUUGAGUGCAAUCCUGAUUGUGUUUCUGACCAUGGACUACGGAUUCAUUCCUGCUCCUCAACCAUUUAUACCUCAGAGCCUGUUUUGUCCAUUCAGUGAAGAAAAAGUUAAUGUGGCUGUGUUUGUUUGCACCACUUCAGAAGAAGGUCACAAUAUCAUACCAAAUGGUCGUUCAUUUGAAUGGGAGUCAGAAGUCUUUUUACACACAGUCAUAGUAGGCAGCUAUUGACAACUUUCAGCAACACUGAAGGCUUGACUUUACAGUCAAAGUUCUGUUGCUUGGUUAGAGUUAUGAUGCUUUCACAAGGGGAUGAAAACACAUGAAUCCAGCAUGACAAAGUGACAAAUAUGUUAUCAUUAAGUGUGCUUUCUUGGUCUGUGUAAAGUUGCCUGGAAUCAUUCUGUCAGUCAGUUUUCCAAAAGCAGUACUGCAUGAGCUACUGCUUGCACCUCAGACAGUUUAUGGACCUACCAUACCGUAUCACAGUACUUACAGGUACAGGUUUGCCACAAUACAGAGCAGUGCUGUAGCAGUAGUUGAGAGUAAUGUGAAAAGAAUUUGCUGAUGAGUGUAAAUUCACUCCCUAUUUUCUGCCUAAGGCGCUAUAUUAACACCUGUCAUUUUUUUCCUGUCAGAACAGGUACAGUGUUUGCACUGUAAUAGUGCUUUACAAAUUCCUCAGUGAAACAAUGGAAUGUGCUGUCGAGGGCAUGCACACUACUUUCUGCCUCAAACCCAUAACGUAGUGCAUCCUGAUUUAUUGUUCUGAGAUAUUGUAAAAUGAGUAGUAGAUUUGGGGUAAACUAUUAAGUGCUAAUUAUGUAGGACAGAGAAAUUGAAUGAACAAUGGAGCUAUUUCAGAUGCAGCACCAGUUUCAGUUUUAACUAAGUAGGCAGAAUAUGACAAAUGACAUAUCUGCUCUUCAUCACUCCCUUUAGCUCCUUCUGUUUCUUCAGUGUCCUCUGACUGCAGCAGCUAUUUUGUGCAGAAACACAAUGAGAUGUAAUUGUGAAAAAGAAAAGAGGCCUUGUGGUUUAGCAAAGGUUCCACAUAGAAGCUACUUACCAACAAGAUGGAAUUUUCUUCUUCUGCAACCAGUUUUUAAGUCAAGGUUGGUUCAACACAGUUUAUGUAACCUUGUGCUAUGCAGCUACAAAAUACACAUUUAUAAACAUGAAUAACAUGAGAAAUGACUACCUGUACC